CGUUGCAGCGAAAUUGCAGCGGGAGAUGCUUAAGUACGGCUGCGGAGCUCCAGGAUGAGGAAAGGGACUACGCAGCAGCUCCACUAAAUGUAACGGGCGUGUUCGUCUCUGCAACGUGGGCAUGGCAUCUGGAAAAGGGCCACCAACUCAAGGCAGCCACAGCCAGAAAAACCCGACAGAGCGAGACUCACAAGAACAUCAACUUCUUCCUCCCUGCUGGCACAGAACUGGCGCCGGAGUGCCCCGGUACUUCCAGGCAGACGAUUCUUCAAAGCGUCUUCGUCGUCGUCCGGCGGCACUUUGCACUCAGAGACGUUACUUAAAUAUACAUAUGUUUAUUAGGGAAGAACUUAAAUUCAUUGUCUAUAGCGGCGGAUGAUCAUCAGCUGCCAGACCGCGACGCGAUCGGUGCCACCCCCGGCAGUGCCUGUGUUCGUGUUAGCCCACCAGAACUUGCCUAUAUGCCUCUGAGCGGCACGCGCCGUGAGCUGCCUGCUUGCCCUCCCUUUACAUAUACUUCUCCAUAAAGUGUUCACAUAUCUUAAGCACAGUAGCGGAAAUGAGCCAUCCCGAGCAGUCUCUGUCUGGAGGAGCAGACACUAGGGACUUACCAUCGGUUGCGAAAGAAUAAACAAUUUGCGCGAGUGUCAUGCAUGCGGCAACUCGGUUUUGUCGCAGUUGCAUCUAGCGCAUGUGAGGCUGAUUGCGUCAGCGAAUGACUAUGAAGGAGCACAAUCUUUCGAAGCGAGUGAAAUAUGGCGAAACACAUAUUCCGUUCAGACGAGGCACUGAUCGCGCGAGUCAGGCUUUACUAAACCCAUCGCACAACUUUGCCAAGUCUCACACCUUGCAACUCCUUUACGAACCCAGUUCACCGUCGAGGCUUUUCUGGACAGCGGGGAGCUCGCAGAUUUCGAGUUCUUGGUGAAGCUGGAGGACCAUCCCGACAUCCCUGAGCGGAGAUUUCGUGUGCACAAGCUGUUCCUUGCCAUGAGGAACGAGGUGUUCCAUGCGAUGUUCUUCGGCGAUCUGGCCGAGAAACGCGAAGUGGUCGUCACGGAUGUGCAUCCAGACGGCUUUGACUUGCUGCUCAGAUAUUUGUACUCCGGCAAGCCCAAGAUGAGGACCAUCGACAACGCGCUGCACGCGAGGUUCGCCGCGAAGAAGUACCUGGUUCGGGAACUUGCAGACGCUUGCAGCCUCUAUAUUGAGAAAAACCUCAAAGCUGAUCGGCUGUGCUCUUACAUUGACUACUACAUGCAGAGCCGCGAGCCAGAAAUGGACGCCAUUGCGGAGACACUCCUGACGUCAUCCGAAGCCCCGGCCAUCCUCUCUUCGAAGGAAUUCAACGUCGCUCUUGAGGACACCGUUCGAUACAUAGUGGAGAGAAUCAGGAAGGUUUCCGAGUACAGUGUGACCAAGGCCGUAUUCGGAUGGGCCCAGGAACAGUGCGUCAAUAGCCUGCAGUCGGAGAUCCCACUCGAAGUGAAGGCGAUUAUGCGCAGUUUCUUUCCGAAGCUGCGAUUCCUGACCAUGACAGCUGAAGAGUUCGUGGUGGGACCGGGUUCCUGGGGUCUGCUGGAAGACGCCGAGAACCUCGCAUUACUGCGCAAUAUCGUUAAGAGUGGAUCCCAGCCGCUACCCGAAGGUUUCUGCAACACCACCAAUGACCGGUUCUAGUGAUAGAAAAAAAGUUCGUGUCACAAAGAACGUCCAAAGGCUGUUGAACUUGUCGUGGUAACUUUUGCUGUCUGGUUAUAGUUAUUAACAGUGGGUAGGAACCCACUGACAAUAAAAUUGUGCAAUUAAGAAAUGUUGCUAUGAGAAGUGCAAUGUGUAUUUUAAUAAAUUUUGUGA